UGUAUAUAAAUUCCAUAGCACCCUCACAUUUGGGAGCUAUGGUUCUUCAGUCCUUACAUACCCCUAGGCCUUUCACACUUCCCAACCCCUGAUUUUUCUUUCAGAGAAAAGAGAAAGAAACAGGGCUUGGUUUUGGUUUUGGUUUUGCUCGAGUAUUUUUCAUACACUUGAAGCUCCUUUUUCUGUUUUUUUUCUUUUAUCUGGGUCUGAGUAAACCAUGUCUAGUGAUGUCGUACAAGAACCUAUUGAAGAAACCCACGAGGAUGAGGAAGUCAAGUCAAAUGAUACUCACUUGGAAGUUUGUGACGGAGAAAAACGCUACUUGCAAAAGCUGCGCAGAUAUGAUUCCCUGGACUUGGAAUCCGCCAAACUUACGAGCCAUCAUGGCCGAGGCUCUCAGGCUGUGAAAUGGUCGGUGAUCCUGCAACUAGCAUUCCAGAGCAUUGGUGUAGUGUACGGAGAUAUAGGUACAUCGCCUCUUUAUGUUUAUGCAAGUACCUUUGCCAAUGGUAUAAAUCACAACGACGACAUAUUAGGAGUUCUUUCUUUGAUCUUCUAUACCAUCACUCUCAUCCCAUUGAUCAAAUACGUCUUCAUCGUCUUACGAGCCAACGAUAAUGGUGAAGGGGGUACAUUUGCCCUGUACUCGCUAAUAUGCCGAUUUGCGAGGGUGAGUUUGAUCCCGAGUCAAGAUCCAGAGGAUCGUGAUGUAUCAAAUUUCCAACUGGAAUUGCCCAGCAAGCGUCUUAAAAGAGCAUCAAAACUCAAGUCUAAGCUGGAGAACAGCCAGUUUGCUAAAAUUUUUCUCUUGAUCAUCACAAUGCUUGGCACUUCCAUGGUCAUUGGUGAUGGCGUCCUCACUCCUUGCAUCUCAGUUUUGUCAGCUGUGGGUGGGAUCAAGCAAGCUACAACUGCAAUGACAGAGGAUAGGAUUGUUUGGAUAUCAAUAGUUAUCUUGGUCUGCCUCUUCAUGGUUCAAAGAUUUGGAACAGACAAAGUGGGCUACAGCUUUGCUCCCAUAAUUUGCGUUUGGUUCACAUUCAUUGGCGGAAUUGGAGUUUACAACUUCUUUAAAUUUGAUCCAACAGUCAUCAAAGCCAUAAACCCAAAAUACAUUGUAGCUUACUUUCAGAGGAACAAAAAGGAUGCAUGGGUCUCCCUAGGUGGGGUCGUUCUUGCCAUAACAGGAACGGAAGCAUUGUUUGCUGAUGUUGGCCAUUUCACAGUUCGUUCCAUACAAAUAAGCAUGUGCACUGUGACUUACCCUGCCUUGAUACUGGCCUAUACCGGACAAGCCUCUUUCCUUCGUAAACAUGAAAAAUUAGUCUCUGAUGCGUUUUUUAAAUCUAUUCCAGGCCCUUUGUAUUGGCCAAUGUUUGUGCUGGCUGUGGCAGCUGCAAUUAUAGCAAGUCAAGCAAUGAUUUCAGGGACUUUCUCUAUAAUCCAACAGUCACUCUCGUUGGGGUGUUUUCCUCGUGUCAAAAUUGUUCAUACAUCACCCAAAUAUGAAGGACAAGUUUAUAUUCCUGAGGUGAAUUACCUGUUGAUGCUUGCUUGUAUAGGGGUUACUAUUGGUUUUAGGACCACAGAAAAGAUUGGCAACGCAUAUGGGAUUGCAGUGGUGUUUGUAAUGACUCUAACGUCAUCCUUGUUGGUUCUCAUCAUGAUCAUGAUAUGGAAAACCAAUAUACUUUUCGUCAUUGCCUAUGUUCUUAUCAUUGGCUCUGUGGAGUUAGCCUAUUUGAGCUCUGUUCUCUACAAAUUUGAUCAAGGAGGAUACUUGCCGCUAUCUUUUGCAGCAGUUCUAAUGAUAGUGAUGUAUGUUUGGAACAAUGUAUACCGAAAGAAGUACAAAUUUGAACUUGAUCACAAAAUUUCUCUUGAAAGGUUAAAGGCGAUUACUGUUAACACAAACUUGUGUAGAGUUCCUGGACUUGCCAUGUUUUACUCAGAGCUUGUUCAUGGUAUUCCCCCCAUAUUCGAGCAUUAUGUGGAAAAUGUACCAGCAUUGCAUUCAGUUCUUGUUUUCGUCUCCAUCAAAUCGCUACCCAUUAGCAAGGUUGCAGCUGAAGAACGAUUUCUUUUCAGAAGAGUAGAACCAAAGGAAUUAAAUGUCUUUCGUUGUGUUGUAAGAUAUGGAUAUACAGAUAUUUUUAAUGAACAAGAAUCCUUUGAGUGGACUUUAGUUGAAAGGUUGAAAGAGUUCAUCAAAGAAAAUCUAUGGUUGUCUCACGCACUAGUUUGUAAUGGAAAGACAGUUAAAAUGGGUGAGGAAUCAGACAAAGGACUAGGUAACAGAGAGGAUGGACAAGAUCUGAUCAAUGGGAGGCAUGCUGAAGAGGCUUGGCAAGAGACAGUAGAAAGAGAAAUCAGCAUAGUAGAUAAAGCAGUGCAAGCUGGUGUUGUACACUUGAUUGGUGAGAGUGAGGUGAUUGCAAGCACAGGGGCAGGAAUAGGGAAAAGGAUUUUAAUAGAUUAUGCUUACAAUUUCCUGAAGAAAAACUUGAGACAAAGUGAAAAAGUGUUUGAUAUUCCUCACAAGCGCAUGCUCAAGGUUGGUAUGACUUACGAGUUGUAGAAUACAUAAUGAAAGAAUUGGGUAUGCUGGACAUGAAAGCUGCAUGUAAGAGCUAAAACAAUACACUACUAGAGGCUUUCUUAGACUCUGACUGAGAAACUUAGGUUUGUAAGGAAUAAAAUACUGUGUUAUUGCUUCGGCAUCUCUACUUUGCAAGCUGUAGUAUUACUGUCAGUAUCACGAAUGUAUUAAGUUUUCAGAUUUAAUUAAAUUAUUUUUCUUAGUAAUUAAUCAAACACAUUGGUGCACGUCCCCGUUAUGCCGGUAGCUGCUAGAUGUGACAGGCAGGGCUCAUAAGUUAGUCUUUUCCCAAGCACCAUAAGUCAUAAUAAUUUUAAUUAGCUGUUAAUCUACCGACAUCUCCAGCAGCUGCUGAUCUUAAUUUCAAUGGAUGCAUCUGUAAUGACAUCAUGCAGGAGAAUUUCUAUACUUUGAUUUAGACCCUUGCUUAAAUCUAAUUAAUGCAGAAGAAAAAGGAAUUACUGGCAAUUACCCUUUCAAAGGAGAAAUUUUCAU